AUGUCUAAGGUUUUUGGUUUUACUGGAAGUGAUGAUUUUUGUACUGGGAGGUCAGUAUACCUUAAUCCUAAGGAAACUGGUCUCUUCUUGUCCCUUGGCUGUCAAAAAUAUGCUUACAAGCCUCGUCAGAAGAGAUCUCGCGUUGGUGUUCCAUUUGAUUUCAGUGGAGAUAAGUGGUUUGAGCCGAAGCCGGAGUCAUCUAUUGAAACAUUGCCGGAUGAAUGCUUGUUUGAGAUCCUUAGAAGGUUGCCUGCAGGCCAAGAUAGGAGUUUGUGUGCUUCGGUAUCCAAGCGCUGGCUUAUGCUUCUAAGCAAUAUUUGCAAGGAUGAAAUUUGCAAGGAUGUUGGUAGCGGAAAUGGAAACAAAGAUGGUGGGGAUCUAGGAUUUGGUGAUGAAGGGUGUCUUUCUCGACGAUUGGAGGGGAAAAAGGCGUCAGAUGUUAGACUAGCUGCCGUUGCUGUUGGCACAGCAUCUCGAGGAGGGUUAGGAAAGCUUUCGAUUAAUGGGUGCAAUUCAGAUUCUGCGUUGACUAAUGCAGGUCUUAAGGCCGUUGCUCAUGGCUGCCCUUCUCUAAAGAUUUUCACUCUUUGGGAUGUUGAUACUAUUAGCGACGAAGGCUUGAUUGAGAUUGCUAAUGGUUGUCACCAGUUAGAGAAGCUUGACCUUUGCAAGUUACAGAAUAUUUCUGACAAGGCUUUAAUUGAAAUUGCAAAGAACUGUCCUAAGCUGACCGAGUUAUCGAUAGAGUCAUGUCCUAGUAUCGGUAAUGAAGGUCUACCAGCUAUUGGGAAGUGGUGUCCCAAUCUAAGGUCUAUAUCUAUCAAGAACUGUCCUAGAGUUGGUGAUCUGGGAAUUGUUGGCAUGGUAUCUUCAGCAUCCUUUGUUCUAACAAAGAUGACACUUGAAUCGCUAGCUGUUUCUGAUUACUCACUAGCAGUUAUUGGACAAUAUGGAUUUGCAAUUACCGAUCUUGCCCUUAAUUCCCUCCCAUAUGUCACCGGGAAGGGAUUGUGGGUGAUGGGUAAUGGCCAUGCACUGCAGAAACUAACAACGCUCACAAUUGGGUCGUUCUCUGGAGUAAUAGAUAUUGGGCUGGAAGCUCUAGGAAAGGGUUGUCCUAAUGUGAAAAACUUUCAGCUUCAUAAGUGUGCUUUUCUGUCGGACAAUGGGCUGGUAUCAUUCUCCAAGGCUGCCCCAUCAAUUGUGAGCUUACAUUUGGAAGAGUGCCAUAGGGUUACCCAAUUUGGGCUUUUUGGCCUCCUUUAUAACUGUGGUUCAAAAUUGAAGGCUCUUACUCUUGUGAGCUGCUAUGGGAUGAAAGAUCUGAAACUGGAAUUGACUGCAGUAUCUCACUGUGAAUCUAUUUCGUCAUUAUCAAUCCGUAACUGCCCCGGAGUUGGUAAUUCUACUCUUGCCAUCCUUGGAAAGCUAUGUACUCGGCUUCAGCGUCUUGAGUUGAUUGGACUUGAGGGAAUAACAGACACAGGGUUUCUUUCUCUGCUUGAGAGGUCUAAGUCCAGUUUGGCUAUUGUUAAUCUAAGCCGUUGUAUUAAUCUGACAGAUGUAGGAGUUUCGACCAUGGUCAAGUUGCACAGAAAGACUCUCAAAGUGUUAAACCUCAACGGUUGUAAAAGAAUCGGUGAUUCUACCUUGAUGGAGAUUGCAGGCAACUGUCCAGCACUCAGCGAUCUUGAUGUUUCCAGGUGCGAUAUCACCGAUGAUGGAAUUGCUGCCCUUGCCCAUGCAGUCCUGCCCAAUCUGGAUGUACUUUCUUUGGCAGGCUGCACCUUGGUUACAAACAAGAGCAUGCCUGCUUUGAAAAAAUUGGGCGAUUCCCUCGAGGGAUUAAAUAUCAAAAAUUGCAAGUCGAUCAGCAUCUGCACCGUUGACAAGCUUAUUGAAAGUCUCUGGAUAUGUGACAUCCUCUUCUGA